AUGGCCAAUGUCUCCAUGGUGACAGAAUUCCUCCUUCUGGGUUUCUCGGAUGUCAGGGAGCUGCAGUUGGCCCACGCUGCUCUGUUCCUCCUGGUCUACCUGGUGCCUCUGACGGGGAAUCUUCUUAUCAUCACCAUCACCGCCCAUGACCAGCGCCUCCACAGUCCCAUGUACUUUUUGCUCAGGCACCUGUCUGUCCUCGACUUUUGCCUCAUCUCCAUUACUGUUCCCAAGUCCAUCCUCAACUCCUUGACCAACAGCAGAUACAUCUCCUUCCUGGGUUGUACUACACAGGUCUUUUUAUUGAUUAUUUCUGGUGGUUCAGAGGUUUUCAUUCUUACAGCAAUGUCCUUUGACCGCUACGCAGCCAUCUGCUGCCCCUUGCACUAUGACAUCAUCAUGAACCGAGAGGUUUGUGCGAAGAUGGCCGCCGCCUCCUGGCUCAGCGGGGGUCUCCACUCCCUGAUGCACACGGCUCCCACCUUUUCCUCACACCUUUGCACUCCUCGCAUCAUCCACCAGUUUUUCUGUGAAGUCCCCCAGUUGCUCAAACUCAUAUGUGUUGGACAGGCCCAAGCAGAGGUCAGUGUUCUUGUUCUCCGUGUUAUUUUGUUUUGGGGCUUCUUUGUAUCCAUCUUCGUGUCUUAUGUCCACAUAUUCCUGGCGGUGCUCAAGAUGCCGGCCAUCGAGGGCCGGACCAAAGCCUUCUCCACCUGCCUGCCUCACCUAGCCGUGGUCUCUCUCUUUCUUUUCACGAGUGCGUUUGCCCAACUGAAGCCACCCUCAUCCUCCCCAUCGACACUGGACCUGCUGGUGUCCGUGUUGUACACAGUGCUACCCUCCACCCUGAACGCCUUCCUCUACAGCCUGAGGAACAAUGACAUGAAGGCCACCCUGGGGAAGAUAUUCUCUGUCCACUUCAUUUCCGGGGUAAACUGA